GUUUUGUGGUCUAUGGCUUUGUUUUUGUUAAGCCAAAGAGCUAACCUUACAUUAUAUUUGAUAAUAAAUAUUAAAUAAUAUGUAAAAGUACUUUCUGUGCUAAAUUUGUUUGUAGUAUUGGCAGGAAAAAGGCACUUAUAUGGCUAGAAGCUUAGAAAGACUUGUAAGAACUUGGAAUUUAGGCAAAAUUAAUUACACCAAUGGUCUUAAGCUCCAGGAAUAUGUAGCUUCAUUACAUAUACAAAAUUCGGAUCCUAUUGUUAAAAAUACUUUGUUGUGUUUGGAACAUGAUCCUGUUUAUACAGUAGGACUUCGUACGAAAGACUAUGGCUCAGAUAUAGAAAAUAAGUUAAAAAAGACUGGAGCAGAUUUCCAUAGAACAAAUAGGGGAGGCCUAAUAACAUUUCAUGGACCAGGACAGCUUGUUGUGUACCCCAUUCUCAAUUUAAAGGAUUUUAAGCCGAGUAUUCGAUGGUAUGUCUGCCAUAUCGAGAAGACCAUUAUUCAUUUAUGUAAAAAAUUUGGCAUAAAAGCCGAAACUUCGCCUGACACAGGAGUGUGGAUUGGAAAUAAUAAGAUAUGUGCUAUAGGAAUUCAUGGAAGUCGUUUUAUAACCACCCAUGGACUAGCAUUAAACUGUAACAUUGAUUUAAAAUGGUUUGAACACAUAAUACCAUGUGGCAUUAUAGGCAAAGGAGUCACCAGUCUUACAAAAGAAUUAAACAGAAACGUUACAGUUGACGAAGUAAUACCUGAACUUGUGGACAGCUUUUGCAAGGUGUUUCAAUGUGAGUCUCUUAAGAUUUCGGAUAAUGAAGUUGACUAUAUACUAAAAUCAAUAGAUUAUCAAAAAGAAGAUUGUUUAUCAAAAGAAGUUGUGAAUAGAUAACAAUAGUUUAUUUAUAUAGGAUAAUCUAAGUAAAUUACAAAUUUAUACUAGUGAGUAAAUUAAGGAACGUAAUAUAAAAAUAACAUAUAUUUUAAUUCUAA